CUCAGGGUACUGGUCUCGCAUUCAUCAUAUUUGCACAAGCAAUAAUCGAGCUCCCUGCUGCCCCCUUGUGGAGCGUCCUCUUCUUCAUGAUGCUUUUGUCACUUGGUGUUGGCUCGAUGAUUGGAACACUAGAGGGCGCUCUGACAGCUAUCCACGAUAUGAACUUAUUCAUAUGGAUGAAGAAAUGGAUGCUAGCCGCAAUCAUAUGCAUCAUUUCGCUGCUCGUGGGUAUGGUCUUUGUAACCAGGGCUGGCGAGUACUGGGUCAAAGUGUUUGAUUCAUACGGCGCAACAUUUGGACUCAUCUUAGUUGCUUUCUUUGAAAUUAUCAGUGUGACAUACGUCUAUGGGAUUAAUCAAUUUUCCAAUGAUCUUGAAACAAUGGUGGGUAAAAAGCCAGGGCUCUAUUGGAAUAUGACAUGGAGGUUUUUCAGCCCCGCAAUCAUGGUUGUUGUGUUCGUGGCAAGCAUUAUCAGCAUAUCGCUUAACCAAAUGACCUACAGUGCCUAUAAUACAACAAUGGCCAUGGUGGAGGAGAAGCCUUACCCUGUAUCAGUGGUUGUGUUUUCGGUCUUGCUUGCCCUGUCCAGCUGUAUUCCUAUACCACUGGUUGCCGUGCUGCGCUUCUUCAAUAUCAUGAAAGUGGAAUCGAAUAUACCAGUCAGUGUGAAGCGAUUGAACACAACGCAGUCGACCGCGGCCAUAGUGGGGGGAGAAAACACUUUCGAAUACUACGAUGAUGACUUGGAAGAAAAUUACUAGUAUCUCUAGGAGCCCAUAUUGCCAAGAGUAAUUGGAAACUGUGAAGAAAGUUACACAUCAACACUGAAGCAUAAAGUUAUUGCGACGUCAUCGAAUCUCAGUUUGUAGAGCUAUACAUUUAAGUAUAAUGUUAGCGUUUUAAUUCAUGAAGUAAUAAUUGUAUGCAAAAAUUCAUAUUAUGAGGUUAUGUUUAUGUAGGAUUUCAACUACUGCACGUACAUAAGCAGUGCACUUUGCAAAGGAAACGGAGGGUAUGGUAUACACACAUGGUACUAGUCAUCUAUGCAUGCUAUUAGUAUAUAUAUGAUAUUAUAUGUGAUUUGCGGCUAAUAUGCCAAUGCGGAUAAGUAUGUAUAUUCUUCUAUAUCUUUGAUGUAAAGAACGUUGAAAUACUUAUAUUAUGUAUUACUAACCGUGACAAGGUUCUUACAGUAUUGAAAAGAUACUAAGACGAUGAAGCAAUAAUAAUCGUAAGAAAACAUAGUAAGCUUGUUGGAAACGGAGCUUGACUGCUUACCCAAAUUUGUUGCUAUGAAUGAUAUCAGGAGAACAUAAACGCCGAUUGGUAGUUUGAAGUAGUAGCAAAGUUAGUAGAAAUGUCAUGGUGGCGGUUGGAUG